GUGCUAUAAGGAAAGGUUGGAAUGCUAAUUUGAAACGGAGAUUUCCUAUCUAUUUUUCAAAGCGGGAUGAGUUAUCUACUACUCCUGAUGGUAUUCUGUGUUUAAACGAUCGUGUUGUCAUUCCUCCUUCAUUGCGUAAAUCUGUUCUUGAAGAUCUUCAUAGUGGUCAUUUAGGUGUUGAGAAAAUGAAGUCCUUGGCAAGGCUCACAUGCUGGUGGCCAGAGAUAAAUGCAGAUAUAUGUCGUACGGCAAACAAUUGUGAGAAAUGUCAUCAGUUGAAAAAUCAUCCUUCGAAGUGGGUGCCAUGGCCAGUAUCGUCUGAGGCCUGGCAGAGGAUUCAUGCUGACUAUUGUGGACCAUUUCUUGGUAAAUACUACGCACUAGUAGUCAUUGAUUCUUUUUCAAAGUGGCCUGAAUUUUUUUUCACAACUUCACCAAAUUCUGAUUUCACAAUACAAGCAUUAAGAAAGGUGUUUAGUCGAGAAGGUGUUCCCUUGGUGUUGGUGACUGAUAAUGGCUCACAUUUUGCUGCAGAUGCAGUCACUACCUGGUUGAACGGUAUAGGGUGCAAACAUCUAUUUACUGCUCCCAGACAUCCGUGUUCUAAUGGUCAGGCAGAGAAUUUUGUUAGGACAUUAAAGACUGCUAUUGAUUCUAUAGCCCCCUCAACAUUUAAUGAGCUGGAGAGGGGAGUAGAUACCUUUCUAUUGCAAUAUAGAAAUGCCAAACAUUCGGUGACGAAGGAGACUCCAGCGAAGCUAUUGAAAGGAAGAAUUCUUCGGUCGAAUAUGAGAUGUCUGGAGUCUGCAGAGGUUACAUACUAUCGAGGAAAUGAUCUUCGACCAUCUACGGGUAUUGUUCUGAAGAAUGUCGGAAAAUCGAUGGUGCGAAUUCUAGACAUCGAUGACUUAAGUACACACAGUCGACAUGUAGAUCAAAUACAAUUUCAGGAACCAGGUGAGUCAGUUCCAAUUUCGAUUGUUAAUUCUAAUGCUAAUGAGCAUAUUCUAGAUAAUACAGAAUCCUUAUCCAAUACAAUGUCAGACAGACUCAGGAUGAAUUUGAGAAGAAGACGUACGAUUGAUUACAAACACCUAGACUCCAAUUUAAGCUGUGGCGGAUGUGGUGUUUGAAUGAACCAAUGAUACCUUUGUACUUGUUGAAU